AUGCCCAACGCUACAUGUUCCUUAUGCUCCAAUGACAAAGAAGUGUUUGAACAAGUCUUGAAGCAUGCAUGUAUUGGGUGCUUUAUUGAAUGGGUCAUCAAGAACAUUCCUCGAUUUAUCAAUGAAACAACAACUGAACCUACUGAUGAAAUGACAGACAAAUUAUUGAACGGAGCUACCACAGCCGCUGAAGCUUUUAAUUCUAUUAGGGAUGCUACAAAAGCUGUAAAAGAUUUUUGUGAACACAAAAUUUAA